UCUAGACAAUCUGUGAUUCGUGCUCACAGCCCUGCGAAUCAGCCCCUGCUAGUACCUUUGCGUGAUUGAUGAUCCUUGAAAGGUUCGUUGGUAGCUUUAGGGAUUAACACAGGCGACAGAUCACUACAUGGCUAGCACGGCUGCACGGCAAAGAGACGGCAACAAAGUUGAGACUUUAAUAUUGAGUGACAAAAUUACUUGGACGAUUCUGGAAUAAUCUGGUGUGACCUUUGACUACGACCUAACUGUUUGGUACCCCUUGAUGCAGAGCAUCAAGUCUUUUGACACCCCGAGGCAUGGUCAUUGUGGCCUGGCCGUAGCCAGAAUGGCCCGGACCUGAUCUUCACUCCCCUGUAUAUGAAGAGCUGGUGUUAUGGAUGCCAACACCUCGUCUUCGAGCUGUCAGAUAUCACGAACAGUCACUACAGACAUCCACUUUCUACAUCCACCAUCAUGUCUCAUUAUGCGUCCAAUGACAAGAAAACCUCCCAAACAGAUCAGACGCAAACAAUCGCGACUAUCAAGUAUCAAAUUGAUGAUGGAGUGCGACAUACCUCUGAACAAGCUUGGAACAGGGGCUACACGAAUGCCCCCAACGUAAAGCAGAUUCCAGUACCCUACCCUCUCCACGAUCUGCGCGCAUUAGCUUUCCUCAACGGUGAAGCAGGCUGGUCUUGGUCACAUUCUGCAGGUGUCCUGCGGAAAUUCGGCUUCACUGCUAUAAAGUUUGACCCUAAAUGGGCCAAAGUCGACGACGAGGUGCAGGCCGGAGAUUACGAUGACUUGCAGACUCUAGAGGAGACUUAUUUCCCCGAAGUAAAGGAGUCUAUCCUCAAGUUGACAGGGGCGAAGCGUGUUUUCAUCACGAACAGCAUCGUUCGAAGAGGUGAUGCGCCAGUCAAGACACCUACCAAUGGAACUGGGAGCCUAGCAGCCGUCAAUUGCAAUGACCAGAAGAAUGUGCCUGAUAAUUACAAAGCAUCAGAUGAAACCAGAUCAACGCAUCUCGCAUCCUCUGACAACUCGAGGCCUGCGAGAGGAGCACAUGUAGACUAUACGCCUGUUGGCGCACGGCGCUCCAUCCGUCGCUGGCGGCCUGAUAUUUACAAAGCCGCCCUCGAAGCUGGAAUCAUCGAUGCCGAAGACAAUAUCUGUGCCGCAGCUAAAGUCGACGCCCAAGACAAGGCGAGCAAUGCCAUCAUCGAUGCAAAGUAUAAUGCGGACGGCAAGCUGGGACCGCGUUACGCAGCCUACAGCGUCUGGCGGCCCAUGCGAACAGUCACGCGAGAUCCGCUAGCAAUGGCUCCGCGAUGGUCUUUCCCCAAGGGCGGCGCCUUGGGAUUUCUCGGGUAUGAGUCUAGAAUGUUAGCUGCUCCAUCCAUGGGCGGUGACUUUCUGCGGGAGUUGGAGUCUGUGGUUAUCAGUGAAGAGGAUGCCAAAGCGUAUGAGAGCUCCAAGGGUGAUGAGGCGGCGAGUGGACUGGAGAGUCCGCAAUGGUACUAUCUCCCAGAACAGAAGCCGGACGAGGUCAUUGUGCUCAAGUUCUUUGAUAGUGCUGCUCUCGGGGGAGGUUUGGUGUCUGGCGAUGUUGGGGGCGCACCUCAUGCGAGUCCUGAUCUUGGUGAUACUGCUUACGGGCCAGCUCGUUGGAGCAUUGAAGUUAGAUGUAUCGCCAUAUGGUGAAGAGUUGCAGUAGUGUUUAUAGCUUGUCAAUACCGUUUCAUGUCGUUAAGAAGUCACAAGUGUUUUAGGUUGCUCCAAGAAUUGCUCAAUGAACCUUGGUUGUUUUCAUUAGACAACGACAGAAGUACACGUAUAUCAUGGACAAUACUUAGCCCAAUGGAUUCUGCAAGCAGAGUGACUCCAAGGAUAGUAUCUAGAGUAUCCCUUUAUCCAUCACCGUCUCC